AUGUCUUUUGAUUGUGAUAAUGAUAUCAGUAGUGCUUGUGAAGAAAUUAAAGUAGAUUUUGGUCAUAAAUAUAAAAACCUUCUUAAUUCUUUAAUCACAUCUCAAAAUUUUGAAUAUAAAAUAUUUAAUAUCUUAGACAAGCCGUCAGAAUCUGUUUUUGAUUAUAUCUUAGUAUUACUAGGAGCUUUCUCUGCAUAUCAAUAUGAAGCAUUAAUGAAUAGAUCUUUGGAAAAAUAUAUUAAAGGUGAAACUAUUUAUGAUAAUUCAGGUGCUACUAAGACUGGUAUAUUUGAAGCAAACAUGUACCUUGCAAAAGAUUGUAUAUUAAGUUUUGAGCUUGUUAUUAAAAAAAAUGAAUUAUGA